UAAUUAAAAAAAACACAAUACAAUUACCAAUAUCGGCUCUGAUGGUGGUCAACUGUUGAGACUUGAGAUAGAAAUUAAGAAGAAGACACAAAAUCCCUCAAAUUCGACUUUCAUCGCACGCGCUCACCUAUAACAUAGAAUAGUGGAUUUGCAGGGAAGUAGAAAGCAGUUUUGCAGGGAGGUUUUCCGGUGAGGCUAUGGAGAGGACGGGAGGAUGUAAUCCAAAGAACUACUCCGCCAAUCCCGAUGACUACAAGCUUCUAGAAGAAAUUGGUUACGGUGCUAGUGCUACUGUUUUUAGAGCGAUCUAUCUUCCUUGUAAUGAUGUCAUUGCUGUUAAGUGUUUGGAUCUUGAUCGCUGCAAUUGUAAUCUGGAUGACAUACGUAGAGAAGCUCAAACUAUGAGUUUGAUAGAUCAUCCAAAUGUUAUUAGGGCAUUUUGUUCAUUUGUUGUUGAUCGAUAUCUGUGGGUGGUGAUGCCAUUCAUGGAUGAAGGUUCUUGUUUGCACCUCAUGAAGAUUGCAUAUCCAGAUGGCUUUGAAGAGGCUGCUAUUGGUUCUAUUCUUAAAGAAACUCUUAAGGCUUUGGAUUACCUACAUCGACAGGGACAUAUUCAUCGGGAUGUUAAGGCUGGAAACAUACUACUAAAUAGUAAUGGGUUUGUAAAGCUUGCUGACUUUGGUGUUUCAGCUUGCAUGUUUGAUGCAGGUGAUAGACAACGUUCUAGAAAUACUUUUGUGGGGACUCCGUGCUGGAUGGCACCGGAGGUUUUGCAGCCGGGAAGUGGAUAUAAUUCUAAGGCUGAUAUUUGGUCUUUUGGUAUAACGGCAUUAGAGUUGGCUCAUGGUCAUGCUCCUUUCUCAAAAUACCCGCCCAUGAAGGUCCUGUUAAUGACAAUACAGAAUGCCCCUCCUGGACUUGAUUAUGAUCGUGAUAAAAAGUUCUCUAAGUCUUUUAAAGAAAUGGUUGCAAUGUGCCUGGUAAAAGAUCAAACAAAGAGGCCAACAGCUGAGAAGUUAUUAAAGCACUCUUUUUUCAAGCAUGCAAAGCCUCCAGAGCUUUCUGUGAAGAAGCUAUUUGCAGACUUGCCGCCCCUUUGGAAUCGUGUGAAAUCCCUUCAGCUUAAAGAUGCAGCACAGCUAGCUUUAAAGAAAAUGCCUUCUGCAGAGCAAGAAGCUUUGUCACAGAGUGAGUACCAGCGUGGAGUUAGUGCUUGGAAUUUUGAUGUUGAGGAUUUAAAAGUUCAAGCAUCGUUAGUUCGAGAUGAUGAUGAUAUGCAUGACACGAGGGAAGAAGAAGAAAUAAUGAAACAAUUUGGUAGUGAUAAGGCUGUUUGUGAUGCUCAAUCCAGUUCUAUGAAACUGAAUAUGAAUAGUGAAAUACAGCUAGCUGACAGUAUCUUGCAGACAGUUGAAGAUGAAUUACAACAGGAAGAGAGUUUGAACCGAAAGGGAAAAUUUGUAGAAAAUGACUUGCUAGAAGGUGGUUACCUAGACAAAAUUGCUUCAAAAAUAAGUGGAUCAAGCAAUGAUGAAAAAGCAUCGUCUUCAGAAAAGGAUGUUAGUCAGGCCAAGACUAAAAUGGCAAAGAGCCGUCAAUCUCAAAGUGGGCCUCUCGUGCCUGGUGCUGUGCUUGGUCAUUCAUUAUCGGAUAAGGGCCGUUUCACAGAAAGGUCUGAGAAUGACACACCAGCGACAAGGGAGAGAACCACUUGUGAAGUUCGAAAAGCUCCAAGCUUUAGUGGUCCACUAAUGCUUCCCAAUCGAGCUUCUGCAAAUAGUUUAUCAGCUCCCAUAAAAUCUUCAGGAGGAUUCAGAGAUUCCUUAGAUGAAAAGUCAAAAGCUAAUUUGGUGCAAAUUAAGGGGAGAUUUUCAGUAACAUCAGAAAAUUUAGAUCUUGUAAAGGAUAUUCCAUUAAGUACUGUUCAACGUCGAUCUUCACCGGGAUCACCGCUAAGAAAGUCUGCUAGCGUCGGCGAAUGGAUGUUUGAGCCCAAGCAAAUGUCUACCAGUCAAUCUCCAAAGGAGGUUAUUAACAGCAAUAUAUCCGCAUCACUCAUUAUGCCUCACCUACAGAAUCUUUUUCAGCAGACUUCAGUUCAGCAGGAUCUUAUUGUCAGUUUGCUGAAUAGCUUACAACCAGCUGAAGCAGCAGAUGUUUCUCAAAAUGGAAAAUUACCACCGUUGCCCCGCAAUUCCGAGAUUAAUGGAAGUGUUGAAGCAGUAUCGUCUGAGAGGGAGCGGGGAUUGGUAAUGAAAAUCUCCGAGCUUCAAGCUAGGAUGAUCUAUUUGAAUGAUGAACUUAAUGCUGAAAGGAUGAAAUAUGUACAAUUGCUACAGCAGCUGAAAACUGUAUCUGCUCAGGAACAAAAUGGGGAUAGGAGAGAAGUCGAUGCCUGAAAGCUCAAAAUGGCUGAUACUGUAAAGUGAAGCUACCUUGUAAAUUCAUCGGUGUGGGUCAUUCUUUCAUCGUUGCUGUAGAGAGAACCUUCUGUCUGUAGAAAGUGCUGGAUGGCGGUAAAUGACAUCUCUUCUGCAACUGUGUGAUACACGGAAAUUCCUUAUAGUAUGACAGUCACUAUGAUGAGGAUUAAGCAAAGUUAUGAGGAUUAGGCAGACUUGCAGUCACAUAUGCACCUUCCCGUGUUCUUUAGUACUCAAAAACUGGCAAUUUUAUCGCCCACACUGAAGCCGUUGGCAUGAUAAUAUUAGAAAGCUUGAAGUGUUGAUAUAUCUACAUAUUCUUUUAUAUCUGUUUAUCCAGAACUUACUGUUUUGUGCAUAUUGACCUGAUUUUUGUAAAUGUGUCAUCAGUAGACCAACCAAAUGCUCCCUCUUUCUUA